CAGGUCAACUCCUUCUCAAACGCAUACCAAAGCCUUCUAUCAAACAAGAACCGCCAAUAUGAUCAACCUCGGCAUCAUCGGAACCAACUGGAUCACUCACUCCUUCGUGGAGGCCGCGCACGCAACAGGCAAAUACAACCUCUCAGCCGUCUACUCACGCAAAGAAGAGACGGCGAAAGAAUUCGCAUCCAAAUAUUCCGACAAGCAAGUCAAUACCUAUACCGACCUGAAUGCCUUUGCCCAAGACAAGAUCGACACCGUCUACAUCGCAAGCCCCAACAUCCUGCACUACGAGCAAGCCAAGCAGCUCCUCAACGCAGGCAAGAAUGUAAUUCUCGAGAAGCCCUCCUGCAGCACCGUCGCCGAACUCGACGAACUCUUCGCCCUAGCCAAGUCGAAGAAGAUCGUACUAGUCGAAGCCUUCCGCCACAUCCAAGAAGCAAACUUCAAGCUGCUGAAAUCGAAGAUGUCUGACCUAGGUCCGCUAUACGGCGCAUCCAUUACCUUUGCGCAGUACAGCAGUCGUUACGAAAAAGUGCUCCAAGGCGAGGUCCCCAACAUCUUCAACUUGGAGAUGGGCGGUGGUGCGCUUGUAGACUUGGGCGUAUACUGCGUCGCAGCCGCCAUCGACCUCUUCGGCGCACCCACCUCGUCGCAAUACUUCCCCGUCAAGAUCGCCACAGGCGCUGAUGGCGGCGGCCGUCUUAUUCUCACAUACCCCAACUUCACUGUUCAUCUCUGCCACAGCAAGAUUUACAACUCCGAUGCCCCGUCUGAGAUUUACGGGGAGAAAGGCACGCUGAUUGUACCCACCAUCACGGAUAUCAACAAGAUUACCUUCUGGGACCCGAAGAAGAAGACGAGGGAGGAUGUGAAGGGGGUGAAGGAGCCUGAGAAAUUGAAUCUUGUAGAGGAGGCGAGGGAGUUUGCGAGGUGUAUUGAGGAGGGGGAUCAGGAGGCAUUGGAGAGGUUGGAGAGGCAUAGUAGGGAUACGUUGGCGGUUAUGGAGAAGGUGAGGCAUGAUAAUGGGUUGGUUUUUCCUGGGGGAAAGUAGAUGUGGGCAUCGUACAUGGUGUGAUAGAUCGAGAAUGGGAAUAGUAAUAGCCAUGGAUCUGCAUAUGGUUAAUUGGAUGUUCCUUCUUUCCAUCCUUUGUUCAUAGGCUGCAUGCUCCCGUCGAUGAACAUGAGAAAGUAAAAAGAUGGCUGGGCGGUUGGUAUGGUAGAUGAAAUGGGGACAGCAUCAUCUGCAUGAGCGCACUGCAACGUCCCAUAGGUGUGGUAGAUGAUCGACAUGGGAAUCGCAACAUCUGCACAUGAUCACUUGCAUACGGUUGUUUCUUCUUCCCACCCUUCGUUCGUAGGCUGUAC